AUGGAACAUCCACAUCCUACCUAUGAUAUCAAUGAUCUGAGGCGCGAUACUGCUAGUCGGCUACCGCGGGGGUCAGUGAUGCACGGUCAACCUGAUUCCUUAGUCCACGCGAAACAACAGCAGCACCAGGACCUCAGCAAUACUCGUAGUAGUGCCAAUAAUAAUAGCACGACAACACAUAAUACAGCAAGGAACAACAACGUCGCCUACCGCAAUCGCACCUACUCCACAAGCACCAUCGCUGUUCCUAGAAACCCACCACGCCGGCUCACGCACCCUCUCCCUCUUUCCAACGUCGACCGCGAAUCUAUACCCAUCUCUUCUGCUCCUGUGCAACCGAAGGGCCAGCCCACGUCCACGAAGCCAGACAGGAGGAUACCUGCAUCACAUUCACGGAAUGGGCUACUAGAAGAAUUCUGGUCUGGACCUCCCCCGGCGAUGAUCACCCAGGGCUCCUACAAAAUAGAUACAACAUCGACCACAGACUGGGUUGCAUCGCAACAGCAACAAUCCCUCGUUUCUCCAACUUCUGGCGACGGGUUACCGUCUCCCAACCCAGCAGAACCGCUCUCUGCGAGGUCUGGGAAUGAUAACAGUGGAUCGCGACCUUUGAUCAAACCUAUUCGCGGCUUCAAGCCCUCUUCGCGCAAAAGCGCAGAGAUGGACUCGCGCCGUAUAACCACAGGCACAGUUAUUGGUUUGGACGGAUACACCCGUUCGAAAAGACCGUCCAAUCAGAUGGAACAAGAUGAGCACAAUAGCGACGAUAGCGAUUUAUUCCUACGGGCUGCGAGAGAAGAGGAGUUGGCGCGUGCUGGGGACUCCCUGAGCCGCACGGAUAGCAGAAUGUCCCGAAUCGGCCAACGUCCAUCCCUUCCUCCCUCGAAUCUCUCAUUCCAAUCCUCAACUUCUCGUCGACGUGGAUCCGACCAAGAGAGCUCUAAUGCAUCACGCACAAUGGAAGAACAUGGAAAUGUUGGACAGGCACUUACUUACCGUCCAUCGGAGAGAGAACGAGCCCCAACAGCUCUCGAUGAACUCAAUCGAAGUCGGUUAUACGGAGUCAAUCCUCGUUCUAACCCUACUACGCCUACCAGUAGAACAUUUGGAAGCCGAGAAAUAUCUCCGGAAUCUACAUCACAUGGCAGAAGAGGUUCCAUACCAGACCCCGCUUCUGUAUUACCACCACGCGCGUCGUACAGGCAGUCAAAUCUGUCAUAUUCGGCUCCCCGAACCUACAACUCGUCACCUCUUGUGUCACGAUCAACGGACAUGCAUGAGGUGCCGGAGACACCUCGCGGAGUAGAAGGCACCGAGUCAACCGUGUCAACAACAGCACCAUCGACUGUUUGGGACGAGUUGGAAGAUCUCAAGUCCCGGAUACAUCGACUCGAACUGACUGGAAAACUCCCCGCUACCUCCGGUGCUGCAAUUUCUCGAGCUUCGACUGAUCGACCACAUACUGCUACGACGACUGUAACCACAAUGUCGAGUUCUCCAAAACGAGCCCGCGGCCAUAGUAUAUCACCAACAGAGGCCACCGGUGGAGAAGUACAACCACAUGAAGUUCAUCCUCUUCUACACGCCGCGUUGGCCAAGUCUAAGCCACUCCUUACUUCUGAGGUAUACAAGGCGUUAGAGGCCACCACUUCAGAUGCCCUUGCAAUCGCUUCAAUGAUGGGGUCAUCAGGUCAACCUGGACCCAGUUCAAGCUCACAAUCAACAGUCGGAGGAUCAGGACUCUCGGACCGGCAAGUGCGCCGCAAAGCAGACAGCUUGUGCCGCAGUCUGACCGAAUUGUGUUUGGCCCUGUCUGAUGGGAAAACGGAUAAUGUUCCGCCAGCGACUAUUUUGACCGCUAAUAGGCCAAGCAAUCGCGAACUGGAGGUACUAGAUAGUGUGGAAGAGGACAAUAUUCAACACCAAGCAUUGAGCACGGAUCUCCUUCGAGUCAAGUCCAGUCCGAGAGCUCUCAGUCGGCUUGAACAGCGGAGAAGUAGCCUCCUUGCCACGAGCUCAUUACCCAGUCCUCGAUACGCCCCGUCCGAUGCCGGCACUCCUACACAGUCGUCAAUGGGUGGGCGUCGAACCUCUUUGCUGCUUCGCAACCGACGUGGAACAACUGAGGAACUAGAAGAUGAAGACGAAACGCGAUUCCGGGCACCUUCGAGGGCAACCACCGAAGUUGGCAGAAUGAGGGGAUCUCCAAGAGAAUAUGCCUCCCAGGAGCCCUUGCCAGACAGGCUUUCUGUCCAAUCUGCGCUACCUGUCAGGAGGCAUUAUGCGACGUCAAGUCUUCCUAAUGCGGUGGCAGCACCGGCACCAAUACCGCCCCCCACAAAUCUCGGUGGCAGGCGGUACUUGGACCGUACUGACCGGUCAACGCCUGAGAGGGAUAAUCAGAAUGCGGUGGGCCGAUUGAAGGAAGAGCGUGUGCAGAGGAAAUCAUCCAUCGGCCAAGGCUUCGGUCUAGGAAGAACCGGCAGUCUUACGAGGAGAACACGGCAACCCAGUGGUAUGGAAUCAUCUGCAGGGCAGAACGGCGGAUAUCAAUGA